AAUACAGUAGCUAGGAAAUGACUUUCUGUCAGUGCGUAGUGCGUCGGAAGAGAAGCUCGGUCCAAUUCAGUUCCAUUCACUGAUUUCAUGCUUUGGAGAACAAUCCUUCGAUCGAUCAGAGUGACCCGCAGAUCGAUCGCUGGCUGGUCGCUGGGUAGAAGGGACGGAUAGAUUAAAGCUAGUGCAGACAGCGGUGAGGUGAGAAUGAAGAAUCGGAAGGGAUGGAGGGGGCGAGGGAGGGCACAAGAUUGACGUAGCUCUGGAGGCGAAGGGCCGCGACGGUGGUUUCCAAUGUAUGUGCUGUAGACUCUACUUUACUUUUAUUAAACAAAUCGGUAAAAUGUUUGUGCCAAAGGAGCUACUGUCUCUUGGUAAACUUCCAUACCGAAUCAGUUAUAGAGAGCCUGCACAAGAGCAAUUCCGGCAACAGGUCAUCGAGGGCUCUGUUGAGAGAAACGCAGGCGCUAUUAAGAUACUGGACGUGAUUUUCUGCUUGCAGGCAUUCGAGGAACAACAUUGUUGAUACUCCCUUGUUGAUUUCCAUGGGAGACGUGUGGUGGUGAAGUCCAAGUGAGCAUAAGUUGUUACAGAUGACCAACUAUGAAUUACAAAAGUGAGCAUAGUUGGAAGGGAAUCAAAGCAGGAGCUUAAUUUCUCAGAAGUCUUGGUUACAGACACCUCCCUACCCAAGAUACAAUAUUGUCGUACAGGUUGACGUCUCAAUGGCGUGGCUGGGGAAGUUUCAAAAUUUGAGCUCCAAUCUUGGAAAUCUGAGCGAUUUGGCGGGUGCCGUAUCUAAGCUUAGUGAGAGUGUGAAGAACAUUGAGAGAAACUUUGAUUCCGCGUUGGGCUUCGAUGACAGAUCCAAUGAUGUACCCUCGCCCUCUGAGACAAGAGUACAACCAGUUGAGCUUCCAGCUUCUCCUGCAAAACAUCCGAAGGUUGCUUCGGAAAAUGAAAAUGUUCAAGGUGUAUCCAGUCCUGAGAUUGCAGUGAAGCACCAAGCUGAUAAGCCAAAUGUGGACGUUCCCGAGAAGAUCGAACCUCCUGCUAUCCAGCAUGUGCAGGAAGAACCGGUCUCAACGAAGGCAGAGGAAAAGUCGGGAACAGAAGAGUCCGGAGAAAGUGUUCAAGUCCCUGGUGCGGAUAUCAACAGCGAGCUGUCUGAGAAGGUGAUUUCUCAAAGCGGAGAUAAGUCCAAUGUAGCAACAGACUCAAGACAAAGUGAAGGAGAACCAGUUGUCUCAGAGCAGCUUCUAGACUCAUUGCCAGAGGGGAAUGCAGAUGACGUGAAGAGCAUCAGCUCUAAUAUAGAAAUCAUUGACGUCCGGCCGAAAGAGCAAAAGGAAGUGACAAGUACAAGCGAAAAGAAAAAUUCUGUUGGACAAACCGAUGCUGUAGAUUCCUUACAAAGUGCAGACUCUACAAACAGAGGUGCGAGGGAAACUUCCAAGGAUGUUGAGGAAACACGUUUUACAGUGACGAGUCCUGCUGUUGCUAAGGUCGACAGUGCGAAUAGUGCUGGAAGUAAAAAGCUCGACAUUUUUCCGGAUGAGAGAAGUGAGUCAACGAACCACGUAAUAGAAUCAAAAGAAGAGGUUUCGAAGGCUGGAGAAGCUCUGGUGGAUGGAACCAUGGUCUCUGAGAAAAGCAACGUUGAGGAGAAUAAACUAAAGGCAGAGCUGAAAAUGAUGGAGGCAGCAUUACAGGGAGCUGCAAAGCAAGCACAGAUGAAAGCAGACGAGAUUUCGAGAUUGAUGGGCGAAAACGAGAAGUUAAAAGCUGACGUUGAUGCAUAUAAGAAUAAGUCAAACGACAUGGAGCUAGACGCACUUCGAGAAGAAUUUCAGCAACGCAUAGGAGCUGCCGAAAGGAAGGUUUAUGCCCUGACAAAAGAAAGAGAUAUGCUGAGAAGGGAGCAAAGUCGAAAGAAUGAUUCCUCUAUACUUCUGAAAGAAAAGGAUGAAAUCAUCAAACAAGUCAUGGCUGAAGGCGAAGAACUUUCUAAAAAACAGGCAGUUCAAGAGGGAAUCAUGAAGAAACUGAGAGCUCAGAUUCGUGAGCUGGAGGAGGAAAAACAACGACUGAACUCAAAACUUCAAGUGGAGGAAGGCAAGGUGGAAAGUAUGCGAAAAGAUAAGGUUAUGACCGAGAAAGCCCUACAAGAUGCAGUCGAGAGGGGACAAACAGAGCUUGCAGCAGUUAGAGAGUAUUAUACAAAUGCUCUGAACGAGGCCAAAGAUGCUGAAGCGCAAGCUGAAGCACGUGCUGAUAGCGAAGCCAAGGCAGAUCUUGAGCGGCGCUGUCGAGAGUCUGCAGACCGUGAGACUGCGCUUCUACAAUCUCUAGAUGAGCUUAGACAGGCACUUAGUGCAACCGAGCAGCAGGCAGCUUAUCGGGAAGACAUGUUGAGGAGGGAUCUUGAAGACCUCGAGAGACGCUGUCAGGCAGCAGAGGCUCGUUAUGAUGAGCUACUCGCUAAUAUGCCAGACUCCACUCGACCUCUUUUGCGACAAAUCGAAGGCUUAGAGGAGGCAGCAGCUAUGAGAGCAGAAGUAUGGGCAGGUGUUGAGAGAUCUCUGAACUCGAGGUUACAGGAAGCAGAAGCUAAAGCGGCUGGAGCUCAAGAGAGGGAGCGAGCUAUCAACGAACGCUUGUCCCAAACUCUUUCAAGAAUGGCUGUAAUGGAAGCCCAGUUAUCCUGUCUAAGAGCUGAGCAAAGCCAACUCACACGUUCUUUAGAGAAAGAAAGACAAAGAGCCUCCGAAUCUAGACAAGAGUUUCUGGUAGCAACAGAGAGGGCUGCUACUCAUGAGGGCCGUGCCAAGCAAUUGGAGGAAGCAAUUGAAAGUUUGAGAGCCAGACAUAAACAGGAUUUGAAAGAAGAGCGGACUCGUCGUCUGGCCUUGGAGCAGGAAGUUGAACAAGAGAGAGCGGUUACUGCGGAAUAUGAAAAACGCCUUCGUGCCGAUGGCCGCACCGGUGCUGACAAGACACCAGAAAAGUCUACUCCUAAUUCAAAUAUGCUGACAAUGUCUCAGACAGAAUUCAGUUCUACCGUUAAGAACCACAAGCGAAUGCCAAGUGUUAGUAGUGCAGGGAGCAUGGAAGAAAGCUUCUUUUUGCAAGCUUCAGUGGAUACAGGCCCAUCGGUGGAGAGGCUUAGUUUUAGUGAGAGGCCGCCAUCCCCGUAUACGAGGGGUAUGGGGAUGACUCUAGGUCUAGGCACGUCAUCGCUUGAGCAACUUGAAGGGCAACUUCGCCAGAAAGAAGGCGAGCUAAGUUCUUGCUUUGCACGCUUGGCCGCAUUAGAAUCUACUCGAGAUUCGUUGGCAGAAGAACUUGUGAAGGCUACGACUCAGAAUGAAAUGUAUCGUUCCGAAGCCAAUCUGUUACCCGGACUACGAGCUGAGUUGGACUCUUUGCGACGGCGUCAUACGUCUGCCUUGGAGCUUAUGGGUGAACGUGAUGAAGAGGUCGAGGAGCUCAAAGCAGACUUGGCAGACGUCAAGCAGAUGUAUAGAGAGCAGAUUACGAUGCUUGUUGGGCAGAUCGAGAGAUUGAGUGUCGCGAUUGGAAGUAGAUAAGAGACUUGUCUGAAGACUCGGACAAAUCUGUCGACUCAUUGAUUUGACCGCUGAGCUCAGCUGCUGGUUUGUGACAGCAUACUAGAUUCGUGUUCCUUUCCCUUAUCUUUGUAAAAUGAUGUAUUAAGCAGACGGUAUAACCUGUCUUGUUGAAAGCAGUAGCUGGGUUCUAUCUCGUCACUAUUUUGACUGCUAGGUAGUCGAACUUCCGGUACAAAGUCAAGGAAUAAUCGAUCGGCCAUCUUUCCGCAAAUGCUUGAUCAAUCAUUGUAGUCUGUAACCUGUAGUUUAUUUAAUCCAACCAUUGACCUCGCACAAAAGCUGAUCACCAAACAACUGAUGAUGAUCAGCGCAGUCUUGUUUCUAUGAGAAAUUCUAUUAAUGCGCAAAUUUCAACAAAUAAAGCUACAUACAUAGACUCCACUGUUCAUUGACGACGAGGUUCUGAUCUAACAUAUAUAGUCUUCACCCCUUGAGGUCUUCAUUGUUCAAAAAGUUGCUAAGGGGUGAAAGAAAAUC